AUGGCGUCCUACGAUGCACCAAGAGCUGUCUUCCUACACUCCCAAGACAAGCUGAAUGGCAGAUAUGGCGAUGGAGCCGUACAAUCAGCUCUCGAAGGCUUGCACCAAGACGGCUUGCUUGUCCUGAAAGGAGUCGUCGAUAUUGCUCAUGUCGACCAUCUCAGGCACGUCAUGACUGCUGAAGGACAGGAGAUCCUGCGUAGUGAGCAGCGCGCCGGUCUUUAUAACCAGGGAGUCAAGUCCAAUAUCUUGCAGAAUCCGCCCGUGGCCCAACGAGACUGCCUGUACGAUGAUGUGUUCUUCAACCCCUACGUCGUCCAAAUAGCCAACGCAUACUUGGGUUCCACACCCACUACGAAUUUCAUGACCGCCAAUAACGCUUUGGCUGAAACUUCUGGUCUCCGGCAGCCUGUACAUAAAGACAUAACCUUCAACCACCCGACGUGUCCUUUCUACUUCAUCGCUAAUAUCGUUCUUUCUGACUUCUCGGUUGAGAACGGGGCCACGGAGUUCUGGCUUGGUACUCAUGCACAUACCGUUGCCGACGACCAGGUGCCGUGCACAGUGUCGACCCGAGUUCGCGAUCAAAAUGUCGGCGAGCCGUCGUGUAACGUGCGCCCGGAAGUUGUCGAGGAGCGAAGGAAAGUGAGGCCACCGAUACAGGCCCUCUGCAAGAAAGGCGACGUUGUCAUUCGGUAG